ACCACAAUUUAAAAACGAACCAGAGCUUAACAAUACUUCUGUCUCCUGACAAGUUUUUCAAAGUCAGACUCAACUGUAACAAAAAAAUGAAGACAAAAAACCGCACCACCACUUCCUCCCUCAAUGGUGCGACGCCUGCGUAACCGGAUCAUGUUACAAAUCACAUGGAUCGGCUACGCUUCCUUUACUUUACCGGGCACAACAGCUAUUUUCAUUUAGAGAUCGUCUCCAGAGCAGCGCGGGUUUAUGGAGAUUCUUGAAGACCACUGGGACGUGUUUCAAUAAUUAAAAGGCUUAAACUCUUACUAAACAAGAAGAACCUAAACCAUUAAGUUGGCUGAGAAUGGCUAACAACAAGGAUGCCAGUGAGAGCACUCCUCUACUGGACUCAGGUUCUGGGGGCAGACCUUCACCACCUUCAGUUUUCCAGGGAAGAAGACUAGCAUGUGCAGCCAUCCUGCUGGCUGAAUCAUUAGAAAGGAUUGCAUUCUACGGCAUCACGUCCAAUCUGGUCCUUUUUCUCAAUACAAAUCCCUUUUAUUGGGAGGGAACUCAGGCGAGCCAGGCACCCCUGAUGUUCAUGGGAGUUACUUACCUGAUUUCACCAUUUGGAGGCUGGUUGGCGGAUGCAUACCUUGGAAAGUUCUGGACAAUAGUUUCGAGUUUGAUCCUAUAUUUUCUUGGCAUGCUCUUUUUCCCUUUUAUUUCAAAUGAAGACACCAGGAUACAAAUGUGUGGAGAUGAGGCGGCGUUUCCUGUGCAACCUGCUGAGUGUCUGAGCACAAACAGUACCCCCCCAAGCAAUGUAACCUGCCCCAUCCGUAACCCAUAUUGUGGCCCAGUAGUCUACAGUGGACUUUUUUUAAUUGCAUUAGGCGUGGGUACUGUGAAGUCCAACAUCACUCCCUUUGGGGCAGAUCAGGUCAAAGACAGAGGACCAGAGGCCACGCGCCGAUUCUUCAACUGGUUCUACUGGUGCAUCAAUUUAGGAGCUAUCCUGUCUCUGGGAGGCGUGGCCUACAUCCAGCAAAACGUUGGCUUUAAAAUUGGCUACAUCAUUCCCACGGUGUGCCUUGGGGUCUCCUUCGUUGUCUUUCUCCUGGGACGCACUGUGUUCAUCACCAAGCCUGCUGAUGGCAGCGCCUUCACAGAUAUGUUCAAGAUCCUGGGCUUUGCUUGCUGUUCCAAGAAACCAAAGGAGCCUAAUCUGCUCCGGACCAAACCAACACUACUAGACAGUGCCAAAGUGACCUAUGGAGGCAAAUAUCCAGAAGAGAAAGUAGAGGAAGUGAAAUCCCUGGUGAAAAUCCUCCCAGUUUUUUUUGCCCUUAUCCCAUACUGGACUGUGUACUUCCAGAUGCAGACAACGUACAUCCUGCAGGGCCUCCAUCUGAGGAUUCCUAAUAGUCCCUCGAACAUCACUGAUGACCCCCAAAAGAUGACGUUCCACUUCCCUGCCGCCUGGCUCACCAUGUUUGAUGCAGUGCUCAUCCUUAUGCUGAUUCCCCUGAAGGACAAAGUGGUGGACCCCAUCCUGAAACGCCGCGGCCUGCUGCCUUCCUCUCUGAAGAGGAUCGCAGUGGGGAUGUUCUUUGUUAUGUGGUCAGCUGUGGCAGCGGGUAUUUUGGAGACCAAACGCCUGGAGAUCAUCAAAUCAAAUGGUACCAUUGACCAGGUGCUUGGCAAAGUUAUUUACUACGCGGCAGAUUUACCCAUAUGGUGGCAAGUGCCUCAAUAUGUGCUGAUAGGAAUCAGCGAAAUCUUUGCCAGCAUUGCAGGUCUUGAGUUUGCCUAUUCUGCAGCCCCCAAGUCCAUGCAGAGUGCCAUCAUGGGGCUCUUCUUCUUCUUCUCUGGGAUUGGCUCCUUCGUGGGCUCCGGUUUGUUGGCUAUUGUCUCCCUCAAGGAGAUUGGCUGGAUGUCAUCCCACAAAGACUUUGGUAAUAUCAAUGACUGCUCUCUGCACUACUACUUUUUCCUCCUGGCAGGGAUCCAGGGCAUCACAUUGCUGGUGUUCCUUAUUGUCUCUUUCAAGUAUGAAAGGCAGAGGGGCAGAACAGGAAGCCAACGGCAGAGACAUACAUCCUCUUGACCUAUAAGUGUUCCCAUACCCCUCCUCACCAUACCCGCCUUCUCCAGUCAUAUCGCUCAGUGCCCAAAGACCCUGUCGAAUAGCUUCUUAAUCAAAUCCUAC